AUGGGGAUGUCUGAAAGUAUCAAGGUUAUUGUCUCUCUCUUUCUUGUGGUGUUAUUGGCUCUUGCAGCAACUCAGACAGAGUCAAGAUACAUAAAUUAUCAUGCCCUUCAUGGAGAUCACAGUUUGAUUUGUGAUAAAGCGAACCCAAGCACCUGCAAGAAGGAAGAAGCCAAUCCUUAUACCAGAGGAUGCGAGAUAAUCGAUCGUUGUCGUGGUCAAUCUCUAGGCCCAAAAAUGUGAAUCGACCAAGUAGAGUACCACCCUUGGUUAAUUUUACAAAUGAUAUCUCCAUAUUAAUAUUAGAUGAUUAAUUUCAUUCAUUAUUUAUUUAUACUCUGUAUUGGUUUGUAACUGAUUGUUACCCUAUCAUUUAUGAUCAUAUAAAACAAAUAUAUUUAUGUUAUCGUUUUAUGUUAGAAUAAAUGUUUAAUUUAUUCAAAAGAAAACAAACUUUUUUACCCAAGUGCCACUAAGUUUUCUAAAAAAUUAUCCACAAGCUUAAACCAGCUGCGUUCUUGAAAUCUCUCGUUUGAUAAAAGGAGAGACACCGAUUGCGAACAAGUUUCUCCAAAGAUUUGGCAAGAGAUGUCACUGACGUAAGAGCUGCUCCUUGUCUUCUAUCGUUACGUUCUUUCCAUAGUACAUGAACUGAAGCUUGUAAUACAUACCGAGUGAGAAAACGUUGGAGAAAACUGUGUCUUUUAUCUAAGGAACAUAAUCCUCUUGUUUUCUGAUAUUCUCCCAUGUUCUUUUAGUACUGAAAACUGGUUUGUAUUUUUCCUCCUUGUAAUUUCAGAGAGAUUGAUCCUUCACAACUGAAAUUUAUCCCUUUGGUCAUCUAUAAGUGUUUCCAUCUCAUUAAAACGAUCCACUCGAUGCCUUCGUCUUCUUUGAUUAGGAACAGCCAUUGCAACAGUGGAUUUUAAAGGAAUUACCAUGUCAAUACAUUCCCACGGCCCGAACAGAUCAUACAGCCUUCCCUUUGUCGUCCACGAAUCAAGCCAGAUUGAGACAUUCCUUCCAUCUCCAACUUUCAUCCUGUGAAACUAGUUUUUCAUAUCUCGGAACUUCAAUAGUUUUUGCCACAUCCAAGAUCCCACAGUUGUUGUUUCUCAAACAGACCAUAGAUAGCCACGUUUUAGCAGGUAUACUUUAAUACAUUGAAACCAAAGGGACGAUGUCGGAGCAACAUUACGCCAAACCAACUAUAAACAACAUAGCUUGUUUAUUUCUUUUAAAGAACGUAGACCUACACCAAGCUCCACUAAGUUUUUUUUAAAAAAUUAUCCACAAGCUUAAACCAGAUACGUAAUUGAAAUCCCCCGUUUGACGAAAGGAGAGACACCGAUUGCGAACAAGUUUAUUCAAAGAUUUGGCAAGAGAUGUCGCUGUCAUAGGAGCUGCUCCAUGUUUUCUAUCAUUAUGUUCUUUCCAGAGCACAUGAACUGAAACUUCUAAUACAUACCGAGUGAGAAAACGUUGGGGAAAACUGUGUCUGCUAUCCAAAAAACAUAAUGCUCCAGUUUUCUGAUAAUAUCCCAUGUUCUUUUAGUUCUGAAUACUGUUUUGUAUUUGUCCCCCUUGUAUUUCCAGUGAGAUUGAUCCUCCACAACUGAAAUUUAUCCCUUUGGGCAUCUAUAAGUGUUUACACCUCAUUAAAACGAUCCACAUGAUGCCUUCGUCUUCUUCGAUUAGCAACAGCCUUAGCGACAGUGAAUUUUAAGGGAAUUCCUAUAUAAAGCUAUUCCCGCGCCAGUGGAAUUUAAAGGAUUUUGAUAUAGUUUAAUUGUUGAUUUUAAAUGAUAUCUCAAUUAUUUGGGCGAUUGUAACUAUUUAUUGUUGUUUUGAAUAUUUUUAUAUAUAGUAAUUAAUAAAAAUAUUAUUUAUUUAUUUUAAAAUUAGUUAAAUAAAAACUUAUACCCCCAGUUAAAUAAAAAACUGGCUCCACCACUGAUUGAACCUUCCUAACCAAAUAUGUGUUGGAUCCUUUUCCGGAUAUAGCUUCGAUCCGAACAUCAGUCAUGUCAUCCUCCUCAUCGCUAGGGGCGUAUUUGGAAAGAGAAAAAUGAAAUAUAGGGUUUGAGCCCCAUUUUUAAAGGUCUGCUUUUAAAAGGUUAUGUAGUUAAAUAUUUUUAAAAACAUUUUACCAUUUCAUGCAAAGGAAAGAAGUGUGAUCCAAGAAUGAGAAAAUGAUAAUAAUAAUAAUAAAACAUAAUUAAAGUAGGACCUACAAUUAACAUAAAAAAAGAAAAAAAUAUUAUAUUUACAUAGACUUUUUAACUUUGUCUUUUCCUCUUUCUCCCUGACUCUUAAGCUUUUUCUUGUCUAUAAUAUUUGGGUAGGCUCCCAUUUUUUUCUUGCUUAUGGCCUCACUUUUUGCAGAGAUCUCCCUACUCACCGCCUUCCGGAACGCCUUUAAAAGUUGUUUUUCGACCUUUAAUCUUGAACAAGGAAAGCUAAUUAUAUCUGUCAUUGCUAAAGAUCCCUUAAUUUUAAGAAAACAUCAACCAGCUGAUCUAUAUACUAAAAGUAUCCGUUUACUAAAAAUUACAUGUUUACUAAUUUAUCACCAUCCCAAAAAUAACUAUUUGAAGCACAUCCACUAUCUUCUAUAUAAGUACCAAUAACCUCUUCUUCAAAACCAAACAGAGCAGAUACCAAAUACAAUUAAAUAUAUAAACACAAAAUAAUUGAGCUCCUAGUCGGGGUUUCUCUUAUAAAUUAUUUAUUUAUUUAAUUUGUUUGGAAAAUAAAAAUAACAAAUAAUUAAUAAUAAUAUGGGGAUGUCUGAAAGUAUCAAGGUUAUUGUCUCUCUCUUUCUUGUGGUGUUAUUGGCUCUUGCAGCAACUCAGACAGAGUCAAGAUACAUAAAUUAUCAUGCCCUUCAUGGAGAUCACAGUUUGAUUUGUGAUAAAGCGAACCCAAGCACCUGCAAGAAGGAAGAAGCCAAUCCUUAUACCAGAGGAUGCGAGAUAAUCGAUCGUUGUCGUGGUCAAUCUCUAGGCCCAAAAAUGUGAAUCGACCAAGUAGAGUACCACCCUUGGUUAAUUUUACAAAUGAUAUCUCCAUUUAAUAUUAGAUGAUUAAUUUCAUUCAUUAUUUAUUUAUACUCUGUAUUGGUUUGUAACUGAUUGUUACCCUAUCAUUUAUGAUCAUAUAAAACAAAUAUAUUUAUGUUA